CAGACGGGAACCACUUGGUAGACAUUCCCUUAUCUGAAGAGGAUGCAACACUAUGGCUGCCAAGUCAGAUAACAUUAGAUUUAUAGUUUUAUAGAGCAGUUUGGAUUUAUUUUGCGUACUUUUUUUUUUUUUUUAAAGUUUGCAUCACUUCUAUUUGAAGAUGCAUCUUUUGGGGAUUUACACCGUUUGGAUAUUAUUCCGUGCAGCACAGUGCAAUUAUUCCGAGGAUCAGUGUAGCUGGAGGGGGAGUGGAUUGUCCCAGCAGCAAGGCAGCGUGGAGCAGAUCUCCCUCCACUGCUCCGAGGGCACCCUAGACUGGCUGUACCCCAAAGGAGCCCUCCGCCUCACCCUGUCCCCCCGCCUGCACUCGGUGGCGGCGAGCCCCAGGGGCGGCGGGGGCUCGGGCCUCAUCACGGCCUGCGUCAAGCCCUCGGAGCACUUCCACGGCGCCCAGCUCUACCUGGAGAGGGACGGCAUCCUGGAGCUCCUGGUCGGGGAGCGGCCCGAGUCGUCCCCCCCGCCCAGGGUGCGCUGCUUCAGCCGCCUGCCGGGAGAGAAGGUGGCGCUCUUCAUGCAAGCGACGCCUCACCAAGACAUCAGCCGGCGCAUCGCCUCCUUCCGAUACGAACUGAGAGGGGACUGGACCGCGCGCCUGUCGCUGGACUCCAACCACAUCAGUACUGUUGAAGCGUGCAGGCCCUGCAACGACACCGAGAUCCUCAUGGCCGUGUGCACCAGUGACUUUGUGGUGCGCGGCAACAUCAGGUCCGUGGAGGAGGACGAGAACCUCCGGGCCGCGGUCAUCAAGGUCAGCGCCACGCGGGUCUUCCGCCAAAAGUACGCCCUCUUCACCAGCAUCGGGCGCGGGGCCGCCCGGGGGGACAUCCGCACCCUGCUGCAGUGCGGCGUCAAACCGGGCCCCGGCAGCUUCCUCUUCACCGGUCGGGUCCACUUCGGCGAGGCCUGGUUGGGCUGCGCCCCGCGAUACAAGGACUUCCUGCAGGCUUACACCGCGGCCAAGGCGGCCCAGCAGAUUCCCUGCGAGCUUCCCGUGGACUGAGCGCCCAAAGUUCGCCGCUGCUCGUCUGCGACGCGGAACCGAGGCGGAACGGGACGCCGGCUCGCUUGCUUCAAAAGUUUAAUCCCGCAGAGCAAGUUCAGGCGCCGAGGAGAGAAAUGGACCCAGUUUCAGUGCAAUAGCAGCUCCGCUUAAAUCUCGUGGGGCCGGGAUGUCAUCUUCCUGGUUGCCAUGGCGAACAGAAGCAUUUCGUUUUAGGUGUCGUUUAAGUUCCGCCAGUGAGCGUUUGGUACCUGGGCCUUCAGUGGGCACUGAACACACCUCUUAAAACAGAACCACCUCUACCACUUGGUUUAAGAAACACUGCUCUAUUUAUUCUGAAGCCCUUGUGCAGUUUAGAUUGACAUGGGAAACAAAGUCUGGAAUUUGAUUGCCCCCCCCCCACUCAAAAAAUAAUAAUCUUUCAUACAUAUAUUGUAAGCAGAAAUAUGACAAUGAAGCAAAAAUUUUUAUGGAACAAAUAUUACAAUUUAGGUUCCCGCUGGGAAUCUAUGAAACUCAGGAAGCGUACGGAAACGAACUCAGUGAGGAUAAAAAAAAAAAAUGUUUGGCGUUUUCGGUGGUUACAUGAGAGGUCGAUUACUUUUAUUAAGGAGAUUAUACGUCAUAGGAAAUUGCACUGAGUGAAAGAAAGGGAACGAAUCGCAAUGCUGCAAACACUUAAAAAAAAAAAAAAAAACCAAAUAAAUAAAAAGCAAGUAUAUGUAGCAGAGAGGUGCAGCUUAGAACUUAAUAUAUGUGCAUACCAAUAUUGUAAGCAUGUACAGUAACGAUAAGGCAGUGAACGCCAGUUGCCCUUUUCUGACAGUUUUCAAAAAAUAAUCAUGACGAAACCGAGGACAAAAUGUUUUCUACUGGAGAAAGCAAGCAAGAAUGGGGGAAAAAAAGUUUUUGUUUUUGUUUAAAAGGGGUUGAAGUCCCCGAAAUGCUGUUUUCUUAUGUGCACUAUGUCAACAAGGGGGAGAAGAUUGUACCAAAUGAAUUUUAAGUGCCCAAGUCUUAAGAACACUGCCAUUUUCCUUCGUGUGAAUAUAUGUCAAUAGAAACUAAAUGUAAAUAUGUGCAUAAGAAAGUCUAAAUGAGAAUGUCAGUAUUGUUGAUAUUAUAUGUCUGUGGACUGUAUGUUCUGUCAAUGUUUUAUUCAAAU